AUGUCAAAAGACGGGAAGAGGGCAAGCGCCAGCGACAGCGAAGACGAAGAGGACGUCUUCCAUGACGCCCGCUUCCCCGCCGACGAGGAGACGAAACUCCUUGAAGAAUCCCGCUCCCUCAAAGCCGAAGCCAACCAGCUCUUCACAGCCGCCAGCUACGACGAAGCUAUCACCUGCUACGACCGCGCCCUGGCCUCCUGCCCCAACUACCUGGACUACGAAGUCGCCGUGCUGCGCAGCAACAUGGCCGCCUGCUACCUGAAGCUGGAGGACUGGAAGGCUUCCGUGGACGCGGCGACGGCGUGUCUCGAUCGGCUGGACAAAGUGCUUCCCCCAACGACGGGUACAAGCACGGAGGCAACGAGUCGGGAAGGCAAUAGUCCCCGAACAGAGGAAGCCGUCGUGGAGAUCACCGGGGACGACCAGGAGGCAGAGGAGGCCCAGCUCCAGCGGCUGCAGCAGCGGGACCAGACGAAGCGCGACGUGCUGCGGAUCCGCGCGAAGGCGCUGAUGCGCCGCGCGCGCGCCCGGAUGCAGCUGGGCGGGUGGGCCAACCUGCAAGGCGCCGAGGAGGACUACAAGGCACUGGCGGCCAUGGAUAACCUCCCCCCGGACGACAGGCGCGUGGUGCAGAAGGGUUUGCGGGAGCUGCCGGACCGGAUCGCCCAGGCCCGCGAGAAGGAUAUGGCCGAGAUGAUGGGCAAGCUGAAAGAUCUGGGAAAUGGGAUCCUGAAGCCCUUUGGUCUUUCCACCGAGAAUUUCAAAUUCGUUCAGGACCCCAAGACGGGCGGGUACAGCAUGAACUUCCAGUCUGGUUGA